CUCGUUGUUCAAUUCUUUUCACUGAAAAAUUGUCACAUCAUAAAUUUCGUAUAUCGAAACAAACAAAGUUUAAACUAACGCGACGUAUCGUACUAACUAUGUUCGGUCGUGUAUUUCUGUCAAAUUUUCGUAAUAUAUCGCUUCUAUCAAGGGUAUGGAACGGAUCUAAUAGAUCCAAUAGAUUGGCUGGCAAAGAAGCUGAACAAAAAAUGACAUCAAUUUUAAGAAACAAAUUUCCUAAAGCCAACCUUAUUGAAGUAAGCGAUGUGUCAGAUGGAUGUGGUGCAAUAUUUGAAAUAAAUGUUAUUGCUCCUGAAUUUAAAGGGUUAAACACCAUCAAGCAACAUCGAUUAAUUAAUGAAGCACUGAAGGAAGAAAUCAAGGAUAUGCAUGGAGUAAGAAUAUAUACAGCUGUUCCUGAAUCCUAA